AUGAUUUCAGCGAUUGAGAGUGAGAGAUUCAAGCCUCCUUCCCCUAAGCGUCUCAAAUCAGAGAAGCCGUCCAGAUUUAAAUUCGAUCCAGAGGAUCUUCGACGUUUUGAGGAAGAGUGGGGAAAGAGCGAGGGUUUUGAUGUCGACUUGUCAAAACUCCGUAACACAUUCAGUUGCGGAUCUGUAGAUCUCGAAGACGAUGACUUUGUUGAACCUGAUUCCGAAGAUGAGACCAACAGAGAUUGGCUCAACACGUUGUGUAAGAUGGCUGUCUCUUACUACAAGGAGAAGACGGAUAUAAGGUUGGAAUUUUUCAAGGCUUUGAGAGCAAAUUAUCACCCAUCUGCUGCAAUCACACUCUACAUUACAUUCGAAGCCAAUGAUCCUUUAGAUGGCCUCGACCAUGAUGAGUUUAUAGAGAUUUGA